AUGAUGGUUUCCCACGGGAGUGCAGUCUACUGCACGCUUCUCCUGAGUGACAGUUAUCUUCCAGGUGCUAUGGUACUCGCUCACUCCUUACGCGACAAUGGCACAAAAGCAAGGCUAGUAGCGCUGUUCACGCCAGAUAGACUACAAGCGUCCACUAUCGAUGAGUUAAGGACCGUCUACGAUGAGCUGAUCCCAGUGAGCUCAAUGGUAAAUGAGACGCCAGCGAAUCUCUGGCUCAUGGACCGCCCAGACCUGAUUGCGACAUUCACCAAGAUUGAGCUCUGGCGCCUGACGCAAUUCCAGCGGAUCGUAUACCUCGACUGUGACAUUGUGGCUCUGCGAGCUCCUGACGAGUUAUUAUCGCUGGAAGCGAACUUUGCCGCCGCGCCGGACGUUGGUUGGCCCGAUUGCUUCAAUAGCGGGAUGAUGGCUCUUCGUCCUAAUCUGCAAGAUUAUUAUGCGCUGAGAGCCCUUGCCCAACGGGGUAUUAGCUUCGAUGGCGCCGACCAGGGACUGCUCAAUAUGCACUUCCGGGACUGGCAUAGGCUAAGCUUCACGUAUAAUUGCACGCCGAGUGCCAAUUAUCAGUACAUUCCUGCGUACAAGCAUUUCCAGAGUACCAUCAGUCUUAUUCACUUCAUUGGUUCUCAGAAGCCGUGGACUAUGCCGAGGCAGUUGGUUCCGUUGGAGUCACCAUACAACCAGCUCCUAGGGCGGUGGUGGGCUGUCUAUGAUAGGCACUAUCGUCUGCCUUUUGUUGAGAGUGCGCCAGUUCAUAAGGAGCAGACAGGAUUCGCUCCGGCCGAAAAGGUCCACCCCACUACCUAUGACCACACCCCUCAUUAUGAAACACAGCCAACGACCGAAGCGCAGCAGUCAUACCAUGUUGAAAUCCCCGCGAGCUUCCAAGGAGAGUCACAUCACACACCAAUAGUCGAACAGGGCCGCUCAGAACCGCAUCACGGGCACCAUCACGGGCACCAUCACGGGCACCAUCACGAGCACCAUCACGAGCACUCCGUUCCAGUUCCUGCUCACGCAGAACAUGCUGCCGUCCCUAUAUUGAGCAUGGUACCGCAGUAUGUUCGCGGAGAAGAGCAUGUAUCUACCUUUAUCCCAGCAGCACCGCUUGCGCCAAUUGCAUUUGCGCCUCAAUUGAGCCACGAAACACACGAGACACAGCCGGAGCAGCCUCAAACACAGUUACAGACUCAAACAGGGGUACAUUACCACGAUGGCCAUAUCCACCAACCGCAGCCGAUAGCCCCGAUUCCUCCGAUCAUUGAGUAUCGGUCGCCUCGAUCUCCGGCCCCAGUCCAAGAGGCCCCCAUCUUUGAAGCGCCCAGGUCUGAAUGGGAUCCCUCUCGAGAGCCGCCACCCACCAACACAAAACCUGAAGGUCUCAGCUUACAGCAAAAGACCUACGACAUGUCUGAAGACAUCCAACUAUUCCAGCCCCCUGCAUCCUACCCCGAAGCACCGAAAAACAUGUGGUAUCAAGUCCCACCCAAACCGAAGCCGAAACCCACCCCUACCACAGUCUUCCCCUGGGAGAUCCAUGCCCCUAAACCUACCCGCGUCUUCGCCUACAAUCCUCCCGCAGAAGCCCCCGUAGAGGCCUCCAGGGAAGUCGUCGAGCAUCCCGUGAUACCCGAGGAACCGGAGCAGCCUCCGAUCCAAACACAGACGUCCCCUCCUGGACCUUCCGCCUCCUACACUCGGGUGCCUUUCCAGCCAAGCUCUGAAUCAUGGCAAACAUACACACGGUCGAACGCCUGGGACGAAGACCCGGAGAUCCAGCGAUACAUCGAGACCAUACAAGCCCGGCGCACAAAAUCCAGAGUAACCAGUCCCGGGGCCACGACCGGUAGCCCCGACGGAUCACCAACUGUCCCAGGCCGCCGCCCCAGUACCAAGAUCACCGAUUUUCCGACGGAGGUCGAACGCCCCAGUCUACCCGUAACGCCAGCUCCAAUCCACCGCACCAGCCACGGCUAUGACGACUCUAGUACCGCCGCCCUUCCUGCUGCAGAUGGCGUCCCAAAUCAGGAGGAAUGGGUGGGUGUCACGGUUGAUGUGUUUUCUUCCCUGCUCAACGCAACGUACUUAUUGUGGCGCUCUACAGAAUCCCCUCGCUCAACUCGAGGAGCUGCGUCGGAGGCACUCGGAAGCCUUGGAGCACCCCGAGCUGCUGUUUAG